AUGCAUCAUACGGAAAUUCUGUCCAUUGACGGCAAUUUAGAUCGAAUUGUAGCGGCUUUUCAAAACAAUCCAGUUGCUUUUCCAACUGAGACAGUUUAUGGUUUAGGAGCAAUAGUAUGGCGGGAAGAUCUUAUUAAACGCGUAUUUGCUAUCAAAAACCGUCCGAAUGACAAUCCGUUAAUUGUGCAUGUAUCAAGUCUAGCUAUGCUUAGGCGGUGUAUUGCUGGUGAGAUACCUGCGAUUUAUCAGGAAGUAAUUGAUUUGUAUUGGCCAGGUCCAUUAACUCUUCUGUUUAAGCGAAGUGCUAGUAUUCCUGAUUGGGUAACGGCUGGUGGUGAGUAUGUGGCCAUUCGGAUUCCUGAUCACCAAGUAACUCUGAAAAUCAUUGAUAAGCUAGAUGCUCCUUUGGUUGGACCUUCAGCCAAUAAGAGUACUCGACCCAGUCCUACAACAGCGCAACAUGUGCUGGAUGAUUUAGCCGGUGACAUUCCUCUGAUUGUGGAUGGCGGGCCUUGCCAGCAGGGAGUUGAGUCUACCGUAAUCAAUGGUUUAGUCAGUCCGCCGUUAUUCUUACGACCAGGUGCCAUAACUUUUGAGACUUUACAAGCACACAUUCCCGAUCUGGUCUUAGUUGGGGCUAAAGAUAAGGCUACUAAAAGCUGUCCUGGUAUGCGCUAUAAACACUACGCCCCAAGUAUUCCCGUUCUAAUGAUUCAAGGGGCUUUUAAUGAGCAAAUAACCAAACUACACCAAGUUUUAGCACAAUCACCACAUGCACCCCCGGCUAUCGGCCUACUUCUACCCGAGUCACAUUUAACAGCGCUCAGUCAAUUUAUUCCCAAUGAUAGCAACUACACAAUCUACUCACUCGGACACACAAUCAAAGACCACACGCAUAAGCUUUUUGACGGCCUAAGGUAUUUAGACAGGCAUUGUGAAGUCAUCUAUUGUGUUAGCAUUCCAGCAACUGAUGAAGGCCGGGCUCUCAUGGACCGACUAUCCCGAGCUGCCACAGAAGCCAUUUAA